AUGUAUCUGACCGUACUCGCCUCGAUCGUGUUCACCGUAUUGCUUGCCAGUGGCUUUGGCUCUGCGUCUGCCUCGAAGUCAUCGGAGUCCCCGAGUUCCAAUACUCUUUUCUUCAUCACCAACGACCCUCAAGGCAAUAACGUGGUAGCCGUCAGCGUCGAUGCCGAGGGAAAUCUGAACUACACGGGAUCAACUACUGUCGGCGGGUUAGGAGUACACGGACUCAUAGAUCCUGCAGGCCCAAUCUUACCCGAUCAGGCGGAUGCCACAUUUUCGCAAGGAAUUGUACAGGUGCACCAGGAGAAGGGGUUACUUGCGACCGUGAAUACUGUCAAUCAUACCGUUGUUCUGUUCAAAAUCGAUCCAGAGGAACCUGGAAACCUUACUAUGCUGGGCAAUCCCGUCCUUUCUGGCGGAACCUUCCCCAAUUCGGUGGUGUUCAACCGCGCGGGGGAUCGACUAUAUGUACUCAACUCGGGCGAGCUCAACGGCGUUACCUCCUUCAAUGUGACAAAGCAUGGUUUGAUCGCACAACCGGACUCUUUCCGAGAACUGGGACUCAAUCAAACAACGCCGGCUACGGGACCCUUUGGCGUCACUUCACAAAUUGCCUUUACAGAAGAUGAGAGGAACAUUGUAGUCACCGUCAAGAGGUUCUUCGAAGAUACCCGGCCUGGCUUUCUUGCCGCCUGGCCCGUGGACGAGGAAGGAUGUCUGGCCCAGAACUACACCCAGAUUCCCACCCCAUCUGGUGGCGGUUCCCCUUUCUCACUCAUGACGAUCCAAGGCGCGAAUGCCUUCUUUGCUACCGAUUUCGACAUUGGAGUGGACAUUUUCGACUUCAGCGACGGCUUGCAGGGCGUCAAUAAGAGCUCUAGGACAGUCGCGAUCCCCAUCGAAGGCCAAGUAGCUUCGUGUUGGAGCGCGUACAGUCCGGCUGUUGACAGGUACUACUCCGUGGACGUCGUGCAGAAUGAAAUCACAGAGUUCGUAGUCGACGCCAAUCUUACAACGUCAAUCGUCUCUUCCUUCAACGCAAGUCUGGGACCGCUCGAUACCGUUGUUGUGGAGACGGGUAACCGCAGCUACUUAUACACGCUGCUGGCCGGCAGUCUUCAGAUCGGCGCAUGGAGACUUGAUGACGACGGCGGACUGAUUGAACAAACGUUCCUUGACUUGUCGGUGGUGGAACAAGACGGGAUAUCGAUCACUCCAAACCUCACGCAAGGCCUGGCGUUAUACCAGAGUUGA